UCGUCACCCUAUAUCUUCCACCCACCCUAUUCUGGAGAUUGAUUCGGAGUAGUGGUGACCCUUUCCCCAAUUCAUCCACCAUCAUCACCAUGGCCAACGAUCCAUCCCUACAAGAUCCCCUGCUGGCCCUUCGCCGGGCCAUCGCAGCGGGAAGUCUUCCCACCCCGACAACCUCCCCCGAACUCUCAGAGCAAGAUGCCACCGACGACCUCGCAAAAGCCACCCAUCUCUACUUCCAAAACCCCCUUCCGCACUCCAUCCCACUAUCCGCCCCCACCCGCUUCGUCUCCGCCUCCUCCGACUCCGCCGUCGACCUACGCAGUAUCUUCUUCGCGUGGCAGAAAAAGGACGUCGCGAUCCCGGAAUACAUCGCCUCCGCGCAGGAAUUGAACGAGUCGCUCAAGCAGAAGGAGCGCAAAGACGGACAGGACGCGGAGGAGAAGGUCCAGAAUCUGGUCUUCGUCGAGCGCCUCGACUUGAUCACCUGGCUCGAGGGCGCCUCCGACGACAGCGAGUACAUCAAGCCCUUGGAGGGCGUCUCUGCUGCUGCGGCUGCUUCGGCGGCGGCUCAGGCUCAGGAUUCUGCUAAUAUUGCCUCCGGCGCUGCGGGGGGUGUCUCUGCCCAUGGACGCGCGGCUAAGGUGAUUGAUCCGAGGCUGCAGGAGAUUUAUAAUGGCGAGCGCAAGAUGGGGGAUCGCAAUAGUGUACUACGGGGUAUUAAACCGACGGAUUUCUCGCAUGUCCGCAAGACAGCAGAGACGUUCCUCGGACGAAAUCGCUCACGCACCGGCCAAUACCCCCCCGGCACCAAGCCCGGCACGAAACCACAGGCAAUGGUGCCCGCCCCAUCAGCAGGCCUCUCCCAACCCCGAAAAGGCAGCUCCAAGACCCAAGACCCCAUCAUCCUCCUCUCACCCUCCGCCUCAUCCCUCAUCCGCAUGUCCAACGUGCGGUCCUUCCUCCAAGACGGCGUCUUCGUGCCCCCCGACCACCCCACCCUCUCCAUGCCCAGCUCCAACAUCCUCUACAUCUCGCGGCCCCUGCGCACCCUCUCCGACCAAUCCAGCUCCACAUCGCGCGCUGUCGGCCCAUCCAGGAAACCCACCCGCUUCAUCCUCGUCGACAGCACCGCCAACUUCCGCCCGGACUACUGGAGCCGGCUCGUCGCCGUCUUCACCACCGGCCAAACCUGGCAGUUCAAGUCCUACAAGUGGACCUCGCCCCCGGAGCUGUUCAAGCACGCCACCGGCAUCUACGUCGGCUGGCGCGGCGAGGAGACCCCGCGGGAAGUCCGCGGGUGGGGACGCGGCGUGCAGAGCUUUGGCGUCGAGCGGUGGGACGAGAAGGGUGCGACGCAGGGUGCGGGCCGGUGGCGGGAUCGGGAAAUUGUCGAGGGCAUCUGGACUGCUAUUGAGGAGGGGAUGAAGGUGCGGGGGUGGGGGUCGAAGUAAUCUAUCUUUCACUGCAUAACAUAACAUAACAUGACAUCUUGAG